AUGAUCUUCUUCCUGGCCUCCGCGCUCUCCUUCGUCGUCAUCCUCUCCGGGCUCCUUCCCUUGCAGCCCCUCCCGCCUUGGACGAAGGAGAUGAGAGUCCUCUCUCUUCUCCUCUGCCAAGAGUUCCUGCGCUUCUCCAUUGACUGGUUGAAAAGGAGCAACCAGGUCGCCUUCACCAUCUUUAGAGCCCCCUUCACAGCUUCCCAGAAGCGGAAUGUUUCCUCCGCCAUGGAAGCCGUGGAGGAGACGAGUGCGGAGAUGCCCCUUCUAGACCUGCCUGAGCCGAUGCUGGAGGCCAUCCUCUGCAAGCUCCCGCCGGCCUCUCUCUGCACCAUGGCGGCGGUUUCCCGUUCUCUGAGGCAAAUUUGCCGGAGCGAUCACUUGUGGGAGGGUCACAUGAAGGAGAAAUGGGGUCCCCUUAUAGACCACGCAGCAAGGAGAGCUUGGCAAUCGUACAGCUUUUCAAGAAGGGAUCCUCUGGCCGGUGGAUCAGGGAGUAGGCGACGCCGAUGGGCGGGAUCUCUGUCUUUCCUCCGCUUUCUUCCUUGUUUCAGAUCACAAUCCCACUGCAGAAAUCCCAAGCCCACGAGGUCUCUCCCCACUGCCUCAGUUAUGUCGUGGUAUGCAGCUCUCCAGAGCGGGAGAUUUUGGUUGCCUGCUCAAGUUUACAACAGAGAGGUUAGGUCUCCAUUCCUGGUUGACUAUGGGCAAAUAUGUUAGAUUAAUAUAAAAAAUAUUUAAAUAAGAUCAAUUUGCUACUUCACAGAUAAGGUUAGCCUCGCAGUUUAAUUGCUAUACAUCUGCUCUAUUAAUAAGAUUGACCCACCUCUCCCUUAGCAGUGUUAGCUAAUUAUUUAUUAGUCAACGACCAUAGUGGGAUUGGUUCUUCCCCAAAGUUUAGGUGGCCAAUAGACUAUGAUUAUUAAGGCAGAUACUUUCUUGAUAUAUGUUUUCUUAAUGCGGGCCAUGUUUUGAAUAAGAUUGGUUUGACCAUCCAUGGGCAGCUGAAUAUGAAUCGGUUACUUUACUGGGGUAGAUUCUUUCCCAACAUUUUGAUGGGUCUCAUAGAUUAUGAUCAUUAUUUCAGACAAUCUGUUUUGUUCAUGAGGGCAACCCACUUCUCGGAAUAUAAAUCCAGGUGGACCUAAUAGCUCCUGAUCAUCGACUACUUAUGGCAAAAAUACUAUCUUUUUUUGUACUCCUAAUAUCUAAGUAAGGCCCAUUUGCCUCUCCAUAGGCAAUACUAGCUAUGCAUUGACCGAUUACUUCGGGGUGGUUGACUAUGUUCUAAUACAUUGUGAUCAUUUAUCUCAGAGUGGGCAUGCUGGGUUUAUGCUGUCGUGCUAUGAUGCUGACCUUGGUUAUGAUCACCGCACCGACACCUUCUGCGCAAGGUACUCGAAGAACUUGCCUCAUUUGGCUAAAACACGGCAUUUUGCUCCCUCCACUGUUCGUCUUCUUUCAUCCCUCCGGGGGUAAUCUCUGUAGAUGUGGUGUUUCUCCAUUGAAAUGGGCAAGUAUUGUAGGUACACUCCCCAUGGGCAGCGUAUGGUAGUAAUCGAGGAAGGAGUGCAGUGGGACCGGAUAAGGGCCCCACCUGUCGAUGCAUCUCCCCAAGAUCUUUAUGUCUCAGAGUGUCUGAGCGAGCUCCGCCCUGGCGACCACGUCGAGAUCCAGUGGAGAAGGAGCAAAGAAUUUCCCUACGGUGGGUUAUUUACCCCGUUAAUAUUUUAAUUAUUUUGAUGCAUUUCCUUUAGAAGCUGAUGUUGGGUACUAUUAUUUAGUAUAAUUUUUUUUUUUUCAUGCUGAAGCUGUCAAGCAGGGUCGAUAAAAUCCGAAUAUUUUGAAUUUAUUUCCUAAAGUUGAUUUUUUUUCUGCAAAAUCUUUCAGAAUAUGGGUUUCUCUAUCGUUAGUACCAAGGAAUUAUGUGAUAAGUUUUAUUUAUUUUCUGCAAUUUUCCCUGAAACUUUUAUUUAUUUAUUCUUGAUUUUUUCUGGCAGGCUGGUGGUAUGGCGAGGUGGGUCACCUGGAGUCCUGCAUUGGGGACGGGCACCACUGCCGUUGUCACAGCAGCGGUAAGAAGUUCAUUGCAUCAGCCAUGAAAUUCCUUCAUUUCUGUUAAAUAAAAUUUAAAAAAUAAAAUAAAAAACUCUAUGAAACUUCUCCUCUGGGGCAAACAAUGGCAGUGGUGAGAAUCCACUAAAUAUUAUGUAUGAUUCCUUGAUUUCUAAAAAAAUGUUUUAAUUCCUUUUUGGGCAUGCAAUGGCAAUGGUGAGAGAUUCAUUAGAACACAGUGCUGAUCCUUGGUUUCUACUAGAAAAUUUCUAUUAAAAUUUCCUUACUGAACAGGCAACGGCUGUGGUGAGUAUUUCAAUGAGAAUCCAUGAAAUUCUUUAGUAUUUAUAGAACUUUUUAAUAAAAAAAUUAUCAUUUUUCUGGUGGGAAAGAAAAUUUAUUAAAAUCCCAUUAUUGGGUUGAGAAAGACAUUAAAGAAGCAUGCAUUGCCUUUAUUUCUAUUAAGUUAUAAAGAAUUAAAAUGUUCUUGUCGGGCAGGCACAUUGGUAGUGGAAUUCAAGCAGUAUUCGAUCGAUUCUCGUUGGAGAAAGACAGCAAUAAAUCGAAAGAGCCAUUCAGAGGAAGGGAACGAGACCAGUGGCUUCUACGGGGGCCUCAGGAAGCUGCAGGAAGAGGAGGUAGCCACGUGGAGGCGUAUGUGGCCCAGCGAAGCCUUGCAGUAA